CCAAAGAGCGCCCGGCGGCCCUGCGGCGCCCCACUGGCAGACUCGGCAGCGGCGGCGGCCUGGGUGGACGGGGGUGCUGUGCGCAGGCGUGGAGUCCGGACCUCGCUGCAGCCCCGGUCGCCUCAGGGCGUCGCACCCACGAACUCUGCCUACCGUCCCGCCAGUGUGUCCGUCAGUGCCAGCCUCCGCCCCCCGCCCCGGCCCCGGCCCCCGCCGCCCCGAUGGCUGAGCUGAGGCCUAGCGGCGCCCCCGGCCCCGCCGCGCCCCCGGCCCCAGCCUCGGCUCCGGCCCCCGGCCCCGCCGCGCCCCCGGCCUUCGCCUCACUCUUUCCCCCGGGGCUACACGCCAUCUACGGCGAGUGCCGCCGCCUCUACCCCGAGCAGCCCAACCCACUGCAGGUCACCGCCAUCGUGAAGUACUGGUUGGGUGGACCGGAUCCCUUGGACUACGUUAGCAUGUACAGGAACUUGGGAAGUCCAGGUGCAAAUGUCCCGGAACAUUGGCACUAUGUUAGCUUUGGACUGAGUGAUUUAUAUGGUGACAACAGAGUCCACGAGUUUACAGGAACAGAUGGACCCAGUGGCUUUGGCUUCGAGUUGACAUUUCGACUAAAAAGAGAAACAGGAGAGUCAGCUCCACCCACAUGGCCAGCAGAAUUAAUGCAGGGCUUGGCCAGAUAUGUGUUCCAGUCAGAAAACACCUUCUGCAGUGGUGACCAUGUAUCCUGGCACAGCCCUUUGGAUAAUAGUGAGUCAAGAAUCCAGCACAUGCUCCUGACUGAGGACCCUCAGAUGCAACCUGUGCAGACUCCCUUUGGGUUGGUUAUCUUCCUCCAGAUUGUUGGUGUUUGCACAGAAGAGCUACAUGCAGCUCAACAAUGGAAUGGGCAGGGUAUCCUUGAACUACUUCGAACAGUCCCUGUAGCUGGUGGUCCCUGGUUAAUAACUGAUAUGCGAAGAGGAGAGACCAUAUUUGAGAUCGAUCCACAUCUGCAACAGGAGAGAGUUGAUAAAGGGAUUGAGACUGAUGGCUCCAAUCUGAGUGGAGUGAGUGCCAAGUGUGCCUGGGAUGAUCUGAGCCGGCCCCCUGAGGAUGACGAUGACAGCAGGAGUAUUUGUAUUGGGAUGCAACCUCGGAGACUUUCUGGCAAAGAUACAGAGCAAAUCAGAGAGACCCUGAGGAGGGGGCUGGAGAUCAACAGUAAACCUGUCCUCCCUCCAAUCAAUACCCAGCGGCAGAAUGGCCUGAAUCAUGACCGAGCACCGAGUCGCAAGGACAGUUUAGAAAGUGAGAGCUCAGCAGCUAUUAUUCCCCAUGAGCUAAUUCGCACACGACAGCUUGAGAGUGUACAUCUGAAAUUCAACCAGGAGUCUGGAGCAUUAAUUCCACUUUGUCUGAGGGGCAGACUGUUACAUGGACGGCACUUUACGUAUAAGAGUAUUACAGGGGAUACAGCCAUCACAUUUGUUUCGACGGGAGUGGAAGGCGCAUUUGCCACUGAAGAGCAUCCAUAUGCAGCCCAUGGACCCUGGUUACAAAUUCUGUUGACUGAAGAAUUUGUAGAAAGAAUGCUGGAAGACUUAGAAGAUUUGACUUCUCCAGAGGAAUUCAAACUUCCCAAGGAAUACAGCUGGCCAGAAAAGAAACUGAAAGUCUCCAUUUUGCCGGACGUAGUGUUUGACAGCCCGCUGCACUAGCCCUGAAUUUGGCCCCUUCCUUCAGAUGACCAUGAGAGCCCGGCCUAGCUCCCCAGUGACUCCACAGUGUAAUGAUUGCAGUAAAAACGAUUCCUGCAAAUAAAAGGAAAAGAGAGAGGAUUACUGCACAGCCACUGCAGCCCACAAUGGGGUGUGUACACAGGGCCUGGCCCCGGUUCCCCUCCACUUCACCUCUUAUCUGGGGGCCAGGCCACUCCAGGCCCAUUAGGAGUGAAUGAGACCUUGUUGCAACCCAGCUCAGGUCCCUUCAGACUAAAUGAGUGGCUAAUGAUGCCGUCAUUCCACCUCUAGUUCUGGUUUGGGGAUAUGGCUCUAGGACCCCUGACUUUCCCACAAGCUCUGACCUCACUCCUCUAUGCUUGCCCACUUCCUGCAGGUCUGGGGAAGAGCCCUAGAUCCAUGGAUUAAAUGUGCUGGCUCCUCCUGACUCUGGAAACCUUUUGUUAGUCAAAUUCCUCCUGGCUACAGAACAAUUCCUCCGAGUAUGUUUGGGUUUUUUGUUUUGUUUUUUUGUAUUUUAUUUUUUAGAAACCAUAUGGUAUUUAAUUGCUCCACAAAGGUGUCUAGAAGCUGUCGUGCAUAUUGGUUCUGUUUUUAUUUUAAAUGGAACUGAUUUUCAAGUUGAAUUUUCUUCUCUUGGAAAAGGGCAAUACCUACCCUUUCUCCUUCCCACAUCCCCCCACAUCCCCCCCAGCCAAGUCACUAGAAGGUGCUUAGUGGUUUGCCUGCCAACGAAUAGCUUUUGUAGGGCCUUUUGGACCGAGGAACUUUUCUUCAGCAGCUCAUAAGCCAUUUUGGCUCCAUUGGAAAGGUGUUCAGAAGCAGGAGGCAUCUAGGUAGGAUGGGCUGAAGCUACAUCUCAGGAGACCUGAGACCCUCUUAACGAGAUACUAGGCCCUGGCCCAACCCUUACUAGGAAAGGCUGUGUUCUUUGCCAGGUGGGUUGGGCUCUAGAAGCCUCGGGGAGCCCCUUGGCCUGAAACCGGCGCCUGUGAGGCGUGAGGACUGCAGCCAGCACUGCCCAGACUCUUGGAAACUUGGAGAAGAUAUCAGCCUUGCCUUCUCAGUGGGCUUCUCACUCCGACCCCAGGGCCAGCCUAGGAAAAGGAGUGUCUUGGCCCCUUUAGGCACCUCCCCCACCUCCAGCUAGCUCAGGGUUUGUGUGACCUUUUAGGUCCCCAUUCUCUCUUCUCCAUUCUUUCUGAUCUCAUCUUCCCUCAGGCCCCCACAGCUCCAGGCUCUAGGAAUUUCUAGUUUAUUAAAAGCUGAAAAAUAAACUUCCAA